AUGCAAAAGCUAGCUAAGCUCUAUAUUUCCGUGAUAGUGAGGUUGCAUGGGGUUCCUGUUUCGAUCAUCUCUGAUAGGAAUCCUUGUUUUACAUCUCGGAUUUGGCAGAAACUUCAUGAGGCGUUAGGUUCUCGUUUGGAUUUCAAUACUGCUUUUCAUCCUCAGACAGAUGGUCAGCCGAAAAGGACUAAGUUGGGUGAGAGACGUGUUCUAGGUCCAGAUCUGAUUUUAGAGGCUGAGGAUAAGGGUCAGUUGAUUCGAGAGCAUCUGAAAACGGCUUCUGAUAGACAGAAGUCUUAUGCUGAUUUGAAGAGGAAGGACAUCGAGUUUUCUGUGGGGGACUUGGCCUUUCUUAAAGUUUCGCCAUGGAAGAAGUUGGAGUUACCUCAAAAGUUAGAUCAUAUUCAUGGUGUUUUUCAUGUCUCGAUGUUGAAACGUUACGACUCUGAUCCCAUGCACAUUGUGCCUAUGGAGGAAAUUGAGGUUAGACCAGAUCUGACGUUCAAGGAGCCAGUUCAAAUUUUGGAUCGUGACGUUAAAGUCCUGCGUAGGAAAUCUAUUCCUUUGGUGAAGGUGUUGUGGCGGAAUCAUAACACUGAGGAGGCUACUUGA